CUCUGGCGGCCUUCUCCGAUCGCCCUGAGCUCUUCUUGAAGGAGCUGAAGGCUGCCUCGCAAGAGCAAGGCUGGACACGCGAGGAUGUACAGAAGAUGAAGGAGACCUAUGCCAUGAUGGGAAUCAACGUGGAGAUUAUGUUGCAGGAGAUGAAGGCCUCGGCCGAGCAGCUGCCUCCA